AUGGCGUUGCUCCUAGGGCUCAACCAGAAGGAGGAUGAGCCCCUCUCCCAUUUUAUGAACCGAUUUACGACGCAAAUCCGUGGAUUGUCGGAUGCUCACCCCUCUCUCUUGAUGCAGGCCUUCAUGACUGGCCUGCGCCCCUCCAGGUUCUUCUGGUCGUUCGUAGAGCGGCCCCCGGUCGCGGUUCCCGAGAUGCUCCAACGCGCCAGUCAGUUUAUCGCCGCGGAAACCUGGAUGGCUGGAAAGCGGGAGGAGCACAAAAAGGUCAAGUCAGAGCCGCCCCGACAGCAACAACCCGCCACCUCCCGGCGAAAGUUGGACAGACCUGACCUGAGGCCCCCUCUUCCCGCCUUGAAUUCCUCCCGGACUGAAAUAUUCCUGCACGAGAGGGGAAAGGGGCUCCUCAGGGACCCUCACCCGAUGAAGAACCCGCGGGAACUCGCAGACCGUUCGAAGUAUUGCCGAUUCCAUCGACAGCACGGGCACGACACUGAACAGUGCUACAAGUUGAAGAGACAAAUCGAGGAGCUCAUCCUUAGGGGUCAUCUCGGCCAGUACCUCCGGCCGAACAAAGAGCAGUCGCCUCGCCCAGAGGGCCCCGUCGAGUGA